AAAAUUAAAAAUAUUCAACCAAAUGAAUCUGGCCCAUUUCCAUUUGGGGAAAACCCACCGAGAGUGAGAGUGAGAGGGAGAGAGCGCCCUAGUCUCUCUGGUAGCAGAGAGGGGAGAAAGAACUCCGAAUUCAAGAGCAGAGGACGAACGCGGCAAACUCUGAUGUAUUCGUGCCUGACUGCCUGUUAACCGGAUUGUCUUCUUCCUUCUAUACGUGAGUUGAAGAUCUUCCCAAAGGUUGUAGUAUCUCCCAUAGCCAAUUUGUCAGUCAAUUUGAUGGACCGGCAGGCUCAUGAUUAUGCAGCAGCAGCUGCUAUGGCAUUUGCCCAGCAGCAGCAACAAGCAGCUAGUAUUCAGCAGCAGCAGCAGCAGUUUGGAUUUCACCCACAACAUCAACAGUUCCCUCCAUCUAUGCAUGGGCCUCCUUUUCUACCACCACAUCCUUCUCUUCAACAGUACCCUUUCCAUCGCCACAUGCAGCAGCAACCCCAGCCACUCCAUCCCCAUCCUCCCCCCCAUCCUCACCUUCUUCAUCAUCAUCAUCAGCAGCAGCAGCCACCAGCAAGUUUCCCUCCCCAUUUAUCUCCUCAUCUUGCCCCUUCACCUUUCAUGGGCCCAUAUGACUCUGCCCCACCCCCAGCUGCCCCCCCUUCUGAUCCUGAACUCCACAAACGUAUUGAGAAGCUUGUUGAGUAUGCUGCCAAGAAUGGGCCUGAAUUUGAGGCCAUGAUCCGUGAAAAGCAGCAAGACAAUCCUGCUUAUGGUUUUCUCUUUGGUGGUGAGGGGCACAAUUACUAUCGUUACAAGCUCUGGCUAACUACUCGUCCUGUGGGCCCAGGUGGCCCCUUUAAUCCUCCUUUCCCCUCCUCCUCAAUGUCUAUGAUGCAUCCUCCAAAUCCUCUGAUCAAUUCAUCUCCUCUUAAUGCUCCCCCAUUGAAUGUCUCUGCUGCUGCUGCUGGGGCUUCGGCUUCAAUGAUAGGUGCACCUCAACUGCACCAACCUCCUUUUCCACCAUUCUUUGAGCAGCAACACCAUCAGCAUUCGCAGGCUUUUGGGGGUCAUGGUCGACCUGAUUAUGAAAGUUCAGCGAGGCACUUUAAGGGUCUUUCUGGCCCACUUCCUUCUGAUGUUGCUAUGGAGCUCAAUAAUGUGCUUAACAAUCUCACUGGUACCAAAGAGUCAAUUAAAGGUGCCAAGAUUUGGUUUAUGCAGAGGUCUCCUUUUGCACCUGCUCUGGCUGAAGCACUUAGAGACAGAUUUUUUGAUAUUGAUGAUUCUGAGAGACAGUUGCAUAUAGUUUACCUUGCCAAUGACAUUCUUUUUGACAGCUUGCAACGGCGGAUGAACCCUCAUGACCUGGAUAAUGAGGCCCUUGCAUUUAAACCUGUUUUAGGUUCCAUGUUUGCAAGGGUAUACCACAAUCCUCAAAAUAGGGAGGAAAAUCAGUCCCGACUCCAGAAAAUUUUACAGUUCUGGGCUUCCAAAGAAGUUUAUGAUCAUGAUACCAUUUGUGGACUUGAGGCUGAGAUGAUUGGUGGGCCACUGACUAAUUCCUUUCCAGGGCCUCUGAAGGAUUUAUCAGCUGCUGCCGGAGACCCGUCGACAGGAUUGCCUCACCAAAUAGCAAACCACAAUUCGCAGUGGCCAUCUGACAGCCAAAGUUCUGUGGCAAGUUUACUUGAUCAAGAACAACCAGAUAAACAAGUGGCCUCUGUCACAGCGAUGCCACCAUCUCUGACAAGCCAGCAAUUUCUUCCCAAUUCAACCCCUGCUGGUGCAUAUGCAGGAACCAUGCCUAUGCAAUCUUCUGUGCAACCAGCAAACCAACUACCUUCAUCCCAUUUAUUGCCAACACCUACUAAUGUGGGAGAAAAAGUGCCUCCGUAUCCUUUGUUCCCGCCCGGUCUUAUUCCUGGAAUGGUCAGAAAGAUGCAGAUUGGCAGUGGGGUGCCUUACUCUCCCAUGAGCCCCUUGGACAUUCCAACUGCAAUACCUCCAUCCAAUGUUUCCCCAUCAGAAACUCUCGAGAGAGUGUCGAAAUUCUUCAAAGAGAUUGGAGAGGUUAACCCUUCCGAGGGACCCAUGAAGGCACCUGAUGAAAAUGGUGAUGAUUAUGAGUACGAAAGAGAGCCUCCUGUCCGAAAGGGUGGUGCAUGCAUUCCCCCCCCUCUCAACCUGCAGGUGGACCCAGAAACGGGGGCUUAUGCAGAUGGGAGUGUAGAUCGUAAGGGUUCAAGUAGCUCAGGACGGUUGGGACUUGGAGCCACGGCUAAUCCAAAUGAGGUCAGCCAGUAUGAUGAUGUUUAUACGUCUUAUAGGAAACAGCGAAGCACCACUUAUCACUCUUCCAUGAGUGCACGAGCUGCUGCGAGAUAAACCCACCCACUCCAAGAUGGGGAAAAAUACUACUCCAUUGUAUUGCUUAAAUAGUUUGUCAGAGUUUGGAUAUGUAGGAGCAUUGUCAAUUUGUUGUGCUAAUUAAAAUUUGUCAUCAGAUGUGUGGAUGUUGGGGGUGUCGAAAUGGAGUACUCUACUCAUAUUAUGCAGUUAAUUUGAAGCUGCUAUAUUUUAAUUUAUUAUUAUUUUUCCCUUUUCACCAGUUGCUAA